ACAGAACACAUCCCGGAAAUGUCUUUGGGGUUUCGAAAACACACGGGCGUUAGAUGGGCUUGGAAGGCGCUCUAUUCAUACAAAAAUACAUUACAUUUAUGUCGCCCACUGUCCACAAUGGGCACCCAAGGACCAAGCUCCGAAACCAACGUCUACGACUGUAAUCCGGAGGACCUCUUCACCUACUCGGCUCAGCGAUGGAUCUGGAAUGAAGCUCAGCAGCUCCAGAGCCGGUACGUGUCGUUUGAUCUGCACGCCCUGGUUCGGGUUGUAGAAGACGCUGCGGGACACAACGCAGCCUGCGUCCAUAUCUCCAAAUUACCCGAAGGAAAUUUCAACAAGGCCUUCCUUGUCACCAUGCGCGAUGGCCGAGAAUUGGUCAUCAAGAUCCCCAACCCCAACGCAGGACCAAGCCAUUAUACGACGGCGUCAGAAGUGGCUACUAUGCAAUAUGCCAGAGAGAACCUUCAACUACCUGUUCCAGAAAUCCUCACGUACUGCUCCCGAGUGGACCAGAGUAAGUUAGGGGCAGAGUACAUUGUCAUGGAGAAGGCCCCAGGGAUUGAGCUGGGUCGGGUGUGGGAAAGCCUCAAGUCGCGGGACAAGCUAGCCAUCGUGAAGCAGAUUGGCACCAUCACUUCUACGCUCGCGCGGGCGACGUUCUCAUCACACGGCUCACUAUAUCUUCGCCAGGACGUCUCAGAAUCGGAAAGCAUUAAGGUCGACGAUGCCUUCGCGAUCGGACCGACAACAGGACGAGCGUGGUUCGAUGACCGAAGAGGCGAGCUCGACGUCCACCGAGGCCCCUGGACUAGUACGAAAAGCACCAUGAAUGCGUUGGCUCAACGGGAAAUCGCUUGCCUGAAACGGUUCUCACAUUUCCAUAGAGAUAGCCAGCAGGGUAUUUUCAACGGGCCUGGCGGUUAUCGCCCAACGAAAACAGCCAAACUAUCCGUCCUGAACGACUAUCUUAAGAUCCACCAAUACAUCCUUCCCAAAGAAAAGGGCCUCAACGCAGGCAUACUCUGGCACAAUGAUCUCCACACGGACAACAUCUUCGUCGACCAAGCCAAUCCCACCCAAAUAACUAGUAUCAUCGACUGGCAAGCUGUUCCGAUUUACCCAAUGUAUCUGAUUGCCCACCAUCCAUCCCUCAUCGAGUAUGACGGCCCAAAGCCAGAGCGAUUUGUUCAGCCCCGUCUCCCAGAAAAUAUCGAUGAGCUCAGUCCCCAGGAGAGAAAAGCGACCAAGGAACUCUAUCUUUCCCAAACAUUCUGGCUUUACUAUGAGACACAGGUGUUCAAAGAGGCCAGGGACCUGAUCCAUGCGUUCAAGUACCGGGAUACCCUACAGUGUGAAUUAUCCAGUUUGAUCGGUUCGAUAUUUGACGAUGGAGAACCGCACGUGCAGAACCUUCUUACUGAGGUGACGACAGACGAUGUAUGGAAGCAGAUCGUCGGGGAAGAUGAGCGCGGGAAUCCGCGGGUACCAUGUCCACUAAAGUAUACGGAUCGUGAGCUGGAGAUGCACCGCGACGCAUAUGCGAAGUGGCAACGGGACGUUGAGCGAAAAGCACAAGUCCUGGAGGAGAUCGGUGUAUAUCCCGGAUGGACUGGUGCGGUGUCGCCGGGUGAUUAUGAAGAGGUUGUUCGGAGACUGCGAGUCGCGAAAGAGAGAUUUCUGGAUCGGGAGGCGAGGACGGCGGAGGAACGGGUGACGUGGGAGAGGGUAUGGCCGUUUGAGGAUAAGUGAAUAUUUGGUAUACGGUUGGUUUGGGGGUAGGAUAGAAAUGAUAUCCUUGUCUGGGGAUUGUUAGGGGUAUAGUCGUCGUGGAUAGGGUGAUGGUUGCUGGUAAGGCGUCUUGGUAAUUGCUCCAGGAGCUGUCGAU